GAAUUCACUUGCACUUUCUUUCCUUGUGGAUCCACUGACUGAGGAGCUGAUCAAGAAGUAUUUGCGCUCCCUCCUAUUUAUCAGCUUGUAGAGGGUGACCUUUGUCGACCCUUUGACCUUCCAUCCACCACCACCAUGGCCCCUGUUCGAAAAAGGUCAGCCCUUCUCAAGAAGAACCCCACUGCUUUCGUCUCAUACAAGGAAGCCAAAACCUCGGGCCCAGCUGCACUCAAAGUGAAAGCUACUCACAUUCAAAUCGUCGCCCAAUUCGCCAAUCGAGGAAGGUAUCAUCCAAGAGAAAAUGAGGAACAGGGAUCAUCAUCAUCAGCUGCGACGAUGACACCGCCGCCUGUCUUGGAGAGACAGGAUGGUGUUCCCACCAGCCCAUCCGUUCCUGCGCCUAAUUAUCGGCGUAGUGGCCGAGUCCCGAAGCGGAAGCGGUUGAGCACGUCGCCUGAACAAGUGGGACGACAGGCACUGGGGAAGGUGGCCAAGGGAAUUGAAGGGACGAUACAGUCAAAACUGGUCAGUAGGAAUAGUAGCCCAUCAGCAGAGAAGUCAGGAAAGGAGGACGGAGGUGGACGUGAUCAGGAAAUCAAGGUCUCUACUCCAAUAACUCCUAAAUUCUUUGAAGGGAAAGAGGAAUUUGGAGCUGCACUUAUGAUUCUGGUUGAGCCAGAACAGUCUUCCAGAAACUAUUCUGAUAUACCAGUUGAACACGGAUGGCUUCAAUGUGGGAUUUGCUGCAAACUUUCCGAGAUUAAUUUGGCCACAGCCAAACUUUCUGAUUCCAAGAAGUAUGGAGCUUUUCUCUGUGGACAAUGCGUUCCAUUUCUCAACAAGUUGACCAUCAUUGCUAAGAAGGCCAUGGCUUUGACAUGUUUAGGAGCGAAUGGCAAUUGUCAAUUUCCAGCUGCGUCCUCGUGUGAAGCUUGUUUCAUCCAUAACUGUCUGCUGCUCUUGGACUUUACUGACGAACUGUACUUCAAAUUGUGGCGAGCCGUUCCGCCUGCUGCCUUAAUUAAUGUGCCACACGUACCUCCCAGUGUCAAACGUUACGAGGAAACGAGAGGAAAAAUAUUAUGGGUUAGCCGACUGGAUGGAUCAAUUCUUCAUGCAGCCAGCAAGCUCGAAAGGGGGAAAGCAAAUAACAAGGGGACCAUCGCUGCUGCUGCUGUGGAGGCUCAAGAUGACGAAGAUAAUGAGAAACAUCAAAUAAAUCUGCCGUUGCGAGUUGGACAAGGACGAGUGGAAAAAAAGAAACCUGGAAGACCUCGUAUGAAGCGCAAUUUAAACGCUAAGACUGAACCUAUAUUACUGAAGACUGAAGAUGCAAAGACUGAUGCUGAUAUUCAAGUUGUUACUGAGGGCAGACAAAUCGGGAGGACACGAGGCAGACAGGAAAAUAAUAUUACUGCUGGUGCUAAUAUCGUCGCGAAUAAUUCCGCUACAAUUACGACCAUAAAAGAGGAAUUUGGGACUGUUAACGUUUCCGAGAAAGGGGAGGAUGCUUCUGUGUCUGAGCAGUCUCAGGAGCCAGAACCAGAAUCGAUGGUUAAAGUGUUUCCUCCCCUCAACCCCUCUUCCUCAUCGGCAUCGGAGCUUGUUGGAGAAAAAGUGCUGGCCAAGUACGGAUACCCAGUUGUCGUGGUGCCCGGAAGUGAACCUCCCACUCCACUUUGCUUCUCCUGCGGCUCUGCCGGAAUAAAUCAAUUAGUGUACUGCUCCUCCUGCUGCGAACCAUUCCACCCGUACUGCUCUGACGACGACGCUCUUCUCACUGCAUACCUCGCCGAAGUCAGUCUCCGCCCAACCAUCACCGGGGGACUGGUCCACAAGUUUCGAAAAUGGAAAUGCUCGCAAUGCCUCACGUGCUCCCACUGCGGGUGUGGACGGAGAGAUGGAGAGGACGACUUCAUUGCCUGUUCUCUUUGUGCAUCCUCGUUCCAUCUCCGAUGUACUAGAAAAAUGCCGUUGAAACCGGCAACGAGCGGUAGAAACUGGGUGUGUGUAACGUGUCUCCAUUGCUCGAGUUGCCAAAUCCCACUGCGAUCCAAGAAUAUGCAGCAUCUCAGAAAAUUGGGGACCGCAAUGUCGGAAAUUUUGUGCUUGGAAUGUUUCAAGAGAAGGAGACAGGGUUCCUUCUGCCCAGUCUGCUUUGUUUGCUAUGAUGACAACGAUUGGGAUUCGAAGAUGAUGGAGUGCGACAAAUGCAAACGUUGGAUCCACGCCCAAUGUGAGGAGCUCAACGAUGAAAAAUACUACGUCCUGAGUGCACUUCCAGAAGCGAUCGUAUAUGUUUGCAGACUAUGCCAUCCGCCUAUAUCCACCGUGGGCUGGCGUUUCGCGAUCGAGUCCGAUUUGGUCGAGGGAUGUCUUCGGGUGUUGGACCUAUUUCAAAAGAAAGUUGUAGGGGUGACAAGGAAACGGCGAGCACUCAGUUUUAGCGUAGACGAAGAAGAUGGAGCGCUGUCGAAGGGAAUCUCGCCUUACUUUUCGCCCAUCAUUCUUUCGUCUACAGCCACAGUAGAGAGUGGCUCCCUCCCCUUGCAUGAGAAAAAUAAUGGGACGCCCACUUCUUGUCGUGAAACUACGUCACCCAGUAAUAAGCAACAGGAACAACCACGAAGACAACCCAUCUUGAGGACAACUCCACUCCCACGUCUCUCUCCAGAUGAGAACAGUCUCAUCCAACGGUACAACAUUCGACCAUGCAUCAUCCGUCUCUCCGACCUGGACAUUACAGUCAGGAGGAGGGGACUCAUUGCCAAGGAAGAAGAAGAACAAGAGACUCUUCCUCCUCCUUGUUCAAACCCAGGCGAAGUUACCCCGAUUAAAAAUAGGCAAAGUCUUGUCACAUCACCGAUCACCGCUAUUUGUACACCAUCAAAGAUGAGCACGCCACAUCGUGUGACGACCUCCUUCACUGAGGCCGUGAAGGCAUCCGCCCCCCUUUGGCGAAGUGGAGUCCGCACUUUCCGCUCAAUUUCCCUUGCCCUCCUCCCACCUUUCUUUGCGGACCUGAAAAAGACGUCGCCCUUGUCGGAGGAAGAGGAAGGCGAGCCGGACGCGUCCAAGUUUGUCUCCUACUUUGAGGAUACGUUGAAACAGGUGUUUCCUUGGUGGAGGGACGACUUGAAAGAGUUGAUCAAGCGGGUAGACGAUGACGGUCUGGGUAGCAGUGGAGGAUCAUCUGACAAUGCGAGCGUGGCAUCCGAGAACAUGAAGCCAUCGGACCCCAUGAAGGAGGAGCUCCUUCCCGAGGCAGCCGUCCUCACCCAGUGCUACUGGGAUGAGGGACAUUGGAUGGACGGGAGAGCUUGUUCUCUGUGCCAUGAAUUGGGCGACUUUCCUUUCAAUUCUUCUGGAAGAUUACUAAACGUGAAUCCGGAGGAGUGGGUCCACGUCAACUGCGCCAUUUGGUCCAGUGAGGUUUGGGAGGAAGAAGACGGAGCCUUGCAACAGGUGGAGGUGGCACUUCUUCGUGGAAGGCGUACACCUUGCGAUCUUUGUUCCAGGAUGGGUGCUUCACUCAACUGUUGUGCCGGAUCCUGUCGCGUGUGUUUUCAUUUCACCUGUGCUAUGCAGUCAGGAUGUAUUUUACAGGCCGACAAGAGUGUGUUUUGUUCUAACCACACGCGUCUUGCGAAAGGACAAGUACAGUUGGACAUGCAUGUAACCCGCAAGGUUUACGUGAGCAGCUUGACGAGUGCCCGACGAAGCAAGGAGCUGGUGUUGCCCUCAAGUAGGCUGAGAAUAUUUGUGGGAUCAUCUCGGGUGGACCGUUUGGGCAGUGUAGUUCCCAUUUCGGUAAUAAAUUUGGGAAGUAAGAAAAAUGAAUGUCAAGAGAAGGAGGAAGCAGAACACACACAGUCGACAGUCCUGCAACCCGUCAACUUUCGCGUGGCCUACCUCCGUCUAGUCAAGCCCAUUGAGGAGGGAGGAGGAAAGUAUGUCGUGACGAGGUGGCAGUCUGUGCUAAACAAAUUUGGUGAUUUCCGGUCCAGUGGGAAUGACAGUUGGAAGGAGCCGUCCAACUUCAACGUCGUGAUUGACCACACCAAGCGUCGCGACCUGAUCCAGCUCAGGCUCAAAGAAGCUCAGGCAUUUUGGAGCUGGAGUCGAAAUGCAAACAAGUUUAUUGACGAGUUCAACAUGGAGUGGGCUCCUGUGUACACAAACCCGUCAACAACAGCAGCGUCCCGUCGUACGAAGAAACGGAGAAGGUCUUCCAAAAAUAAUACUGUCGAUAACCCCAGCUCCUGCUCAUCUAGUCAGUCCCAGUCCCAGGUGUACCGAGCAAGUUUGGAGUGGGUUCCGCCCCCAAAAUCUCGUCCAGAAGAGGAGAUGCUUCUCCACACGCUUUCCAGUCCCAGACUCUGCUUCCUCAUCGAGCAGUUACCAGGGGUGGAAGACGUGGGUCCCUACACCUUCCGCUAUGUCGACCCAGCGAGAGCUCCAGAAGACGUCCCCGCCUGCCCAACGUCCUCGGGCUGCUCCAGAUCGGAACCCUUCGUAUCUAGAAGGCCGCACGACAUGUUCAACUGGCUGAGGUCGACGCAUCGCAAGCCACCCAAGCAGCAUUUGACAGGUGGAGGGGUGUCAACAUCUGAAGAGACUGUAAAAUCCAAGGGUCUCCCCCUCGCCAUGAGGUUUAGAAAUUUACGGGAGCGAGCCACCAAAGAUCUAGUCGUCCUUCCAUCCCACAUUCACGGUCGGGGUCUUUUUGCCCAGAGGGACAUUGAGGUUGGGGAAAUGUUGAUCGAGUAUGCCGGGGAGAUGAUUCGUUCCGUCCUGUGCGACGUAAGGGAGCGGAAGUACGAGCUGUUUGGGAUUGGGUGUUACAUGUUCCGUGUGAAUCGCAGUCAUGUUGUAGACGCAACAAUGAAAGGGAACGCUGCAAGGUUCAUCAAUCAUUCAUGUGAUCCCAAUUGUGAGUCAAAGGCAGUCAAAAUCUUCGGAAAAGAUCACAUUUUAAUAUUUGCUCUGAAAAACAUUGGGCGUGGCGAAGAGCUCACGUACGACUACAAGUUUGAACGAGAGGUGAACAAGUUGCCAUGCUCCUGCGGGUCCCGAAAGUGUCGACGGUUUUUGAAUUAAAUAAGUCUCGUAUAGUUUAUUAUUUUUCUGUUGACUACAAAAUGCCAAAAUGACCCCGUGAAUGGAAAUCUAGUAAGUUAAAGCGCUGGUGAUUGUGAGAAUGACUUGGCCAAUCAGUUAAUAUGUAAAAAUAUGCAGACCAAUGACUACAUAGUACCAUAUUUAUAUUUAUAUACAGUUCAAAUGACGAAUAUCGGAUAAAUGAAAAAUACAUAUUUUAUUUUUAAACAUAUAAAAAAUAAAAACAAAGUAAAUAAAACGA